AUGGAUUCGAUUACUAUCGGAUGGACAAAAAAAUCGCCUGGUGAAGUCAAGAUUGCAAGUAAAAAGAAAAAUGGUCACAAUCAUAUACCACGCAAAAUUAUACCUAAAAGACAACCGCGAACAUUUCAAAAUAGAGAACCUUUUUAUACAGGAACAGUUCGAUCUAACAAACAGCUUCUGGAAGAUUCUCCUGAUACGUUGAGUUCAAUACGAAACUUUGCUUUAAAACCAGUAGACGAUUCUGCUUCUCACAUACAAGUAUUUGAUGAUAAACGACUGUGUAGCGUACGAGCAGCAAUUGUUACAUUUGUGAUUGCUAUUGCACUUAUAAUAGCUUCAGGUGCUUCUAUUGGCAUUGUAUUUGCUGUUAUAAAUUCUAGUCAUUCAUCUAAAACUGGAAGUGAUAAUCAGGAUUCGUAUACAACAGUAACAUCAGGAAUAACUAGUAGUAUACGCAUCGGUAGUCAAACUGGAUCAGGAUGUUCAGGCUAUACAGAAAUCAAUGAUCCAUCACGAAGUAUUAAUAGUGCCGGAUUUUAUAGUUCCUGUGAUAAUGGACCAAUAUUCAACACAAGUAAUGGUGGUGCCUGGAUUCGAUUUGUUGGUACUGGCGGUGAUAGAAUUACUACGGUAUCAGCUGGUACCAAUCAUUGUGGUGGUUUUUUAUCCGGCUGGUACAAUGAUACAUUACCAACAGCACAAGAUGUUGUCACCAAUGGAAUAAUAUGCUUUGACACUACACAACUUGAAUGUAUCUUUACCGUUUCUGUGUCAGUAAUCUAUUGCUCUGCUGGUUAUUAUGUUUUCUUUUUACCACCUAUAUCUAUAUGUAAUGCACGUUAUUGUACGACUUGA